AUGAAGAGGAAGCCGCUUGAGAAGGCUAUCCUGGUAACUCUUCUCUUUGAGCUCGAUGCCCCUCCGAAGCGCAAAUCAGGCGGCCCCCCGACCGCGCCCUCCAAGCCCCGGCAAUCCAAGCUCGCCAAGGAGCACAACGUCUCCGCGCAGGAAGAGGCCGAGAUCAAGGAGGCCUUUAGCCUGUUCGCGGAGCCCAUGGACGGCGAGAAGAACGGCGUGCUGCCCAUUGGCGACCUCAAGUCUGCGCUCAUAGCCCUCGGCAUCCCGCCUUCUUCCCCCGCCGAGCUCCAGGAGUUCAUAUCCAUCCUCGACCCGGAAGCGGACGGCUUCGCGACCUUUGAGCCCUUCUUCGCCAUCUGCGCGCUCAAGUUCCACGCGCGCGACCGCGACGGCUACGACGACGACCGCGACUCCGAGGCCCACCGGCGGGAGCUGGCCGAGGCGUUUGGCCUGUUCACGAACGGCACCGAGGGCCCGAUCACGCUGGCGCACCUGCGGCGCGUGGCGGCGGUGCUCAAGGAGGACGUGGACGAGGAGCUGCUCAAGGAUAUGAUUCUCGAGGCCAACGGCGGGGCGGGCGUCGCGAGGGGGGUGGGGAUGGAGGAGUUUGAUGGGGUGAUGAGGAGUGCUGGGGUUUGGCGGUGA